CAAAAUCAUUGGACAAAGAAGUGCUUUACAGAAACGAACUGGUCUCACCGCGAAGAACGAAACUACAACAAUGCUUUUGAUUUUGGUUCUGCUUUGCUUUACAGUUCCAAGUUUUACACAACAGCCGGGUGAGUACCACUUACGUUUAAGAUUAUUUUUAUUAAAUGCCUACAUUUAUAUCAAGUUUGAGCAUAAAUCGAAAUGGCUCAGAAAAACACAAUUCCUUGCGAAGAGAUUUCUGAUAAUAUGUUCCAAUCUAUAGUUUCCAUAAGUAAUUCGGGUACUCUAAGGCCAAGUUUUUUGUGAUAUGAAAUGUUAGAAUAUCCAUAGAGAUAUUUCUGAUCAUAAUGUGUACUAAAAAAUAAAAAAUUAAAGGAUCGGACGUUAGUCUUAGCAUUGCGGAAAAAAAAGGAUCACUGACAACGUCAUAUAUAUAUAAUAUAUAUAUAUGUAUAUGUAUAUAUAUAUAUAUAUAUAUACAACGUCAUAUAUAUAUAUAUAUGUAAGUUGGACAAAUCAAUAAGACAUAACUUUUCUGUGACUCUGAGUUUCACGCUUUCGCGAUCAUCAGACAGAUAUAUAAAUAUAUAUAUAUAUAUAUAUGAGGUAAAGCUACUCAUUGCUUACGAACUUGACUCACAAAACUCUCUAGAAAGUGAUAAUAAAAGUUAACGUUUUUAUUACAAAUGGGAAACAAAAAGUUUCUUCAGACAACCUAAACAUCGUUAGAAGAAAAUAACAAAGGAAACAAUACAAUUUUGAACUCAUCAUAUUCAUUUAAAAGAAAGAGCAAGAAAAUUUUAUAUUCUUUUGUUUACAAGCGUAUGCCGUCUUCUUAUUUUUUUUUUGAAAUUUGAGAAGGAGAUCUAAGACGAUCCUUUUAUACAUAUUUUUCUCUGUAAACAAUAACUGCCUCUUUCAAGGAGAAUUCUCACAAUGAAAGAGGCACUCGAUAGUGCUGCAAAAUAAAGUUUUGUUUCACCUCUCCUACUGAUGUGAAACUUUCCAAAGAUUUUUCAUUUACAACCUGUAGUUAUAAUUCUGACAAGUUCCUUUUUUCACAGUAGCUUUAUAACAUGAUAUUUGUUGCUUAGGAAACAAGUCAUUCGAGUGGGCACAGCUGAACCUACGACAGGUGUGCUUUGAGUGCAGCGGGGACCGUCAUGGAACAAUAUACAACUUCCUUUCCGAGCCUCGCUUGGUGGCUGCCAUGAAAUUGGUGUACAGAGGUGGUGAAAUCCGGUGAGUUAGAAAAAGAUAUGGGAAUCUUAGAGUACAAGCGAGAUGGAUAAUUUCGAAAAUCGAAACAUAGCAAAUUUAUAAAUUUCCUCACAAGUGAUGACACUGCAAUCUGAAAUUGGGAUUGACGUUGUGUAACUAUAUCAGCACUUUACUGUUUCUCAACACUUUAACCAUCUAGAAAUUUCUCCCGUCCCUACUAACUGAAUCAAUGAAUUAAAGAGCUUUAGUAGCCAUAGUUACCUCAGUCCAUAACCACCAAUUUACUUCUAGCAUAGUCAUCAAACAAGACAAAUUUUAAACCAAUCACAGUGAAGCAAUUUUCUGAGAGGGGUGGGGUGUUACUAUUAACUAAAGAAACGAAGACAAUCGUCAGACUCAUCGUCCAUCCGUCCUACCAAACCUUCUCCAUUCUCAGAUACCUUUACUUGUUCUUGGUUUAUCAUCUCCUUUGUUUCUGUUUUCUUGUCCAGUCUUAGUGAACUAGCACUACGGAAUCUUCAUUGUCCAUUUUAAGCGUUCAAUUGGUAAAAUAGAGCGCAGUAGAAAACGGCAAGAUUGUAGCGGCGGAGCGAAAAGAACCAGGGGAUAGAGAUUUGCGUUCGCGCCUUAAACCGACCUGACCUAGGUCUCUCUCUCUUUUUCGCUUCAUCUCUGUUAUCGCGCCGUUUUCUGUCGCGCUACAUUUACUCACUGAAUGCCUUAAACAAGCUAAAAGUUUCAAAAUCAAUAAGAUUUUGAACGCCGAAGAAAAAAAAUGACUUCAACGAUUGUAACAUAGUUCGCUGUUCUGUGAUUCCAGAUGCACGCCAAACAAGGCCUACAACAGUCGCUGGGGCUGUCAUUCAGGUAGCAAAACGCCCCUAAACGUCAUUGUCACUGACCAGAGAAACAAUAUCAUCUACCCAAGGACGGAGUACCUCAAAGACCUGUCGACUCUGUGGUAUGCGAUGCCUGGGGUGGAUGAGUCGUACUCCAAGGAGCUUGUCUUCACAAAUUUUGGCGUCCCAUUUUACCUGGAAAAACACCGUGAGCUCCGCAUUUGGUGUGGCGAAGAUCUCAAAAACAAAAAUGAUGGCGACAACCAAGGGCGUGUUUGUGUUGAUGUUUACAUUAAAUAUUACUGAUUGUGACCUAUACAUCCUGAAGUGCUCUUCUUUCGCCGCAGUUACUUUGGAUGGUCACACAACGUCUCUCGCUGAAUUAUGGUCAAGUUGUAGAGGUGUAGUAUGACAAUCCAAAAACCUUGUGCGAAGGAAGAGCUUUAAAUUGGUCAUUAGAGCUUGAUGCACUCAGGCAUUUUGAAGAGUAUCUUAGUAAAGGUUAUG